AACACUCGAUAGUCGCAUUCCAAUUGCUCAUCAACUAAACUCCAACACUAUCCUCAAAUACUCACUUCGACGUUCGAUUAACAACCAUCUCUCCAGAAUCUACACGUCUCACCCUUCACCAUGGUCCUCAAACGCAAGCGUUCUUCCGAGGAGCUUUCCAGCUCGCCGUCCUCGUUCUCCUCAUCGCCCAUACUCCCUGGUACGAUGGACAUGGACCACAUCUCCCCGGCACCCUUCGCUGCGUUCUCCUCUCACUUCACGCCAUCACACCUGCCUAGCCGCACCAUGAAGCGUUUCCGCGACAACAGACCCUCACAGGAGGCAGUGCAUCAACACACACUCAGCAUGCUCUACUCCGCUCAGCAACAUUCCGACACAGAUUUUACCCCAACCAGCCCCUCCCCGAUGCCUCGCAUUCUCGAGCGACCAGCACAGCCGGCGCCUACAGCACAGCGGUCUCUGCAUGCCUUUUGGAAUAUCAACUCUGCUCCGGCCGCACCGUCAUUCACACCGUCCGCGUCCCAAACCUGCCAUGAGGCUUCAAGCUGCGAAGACUGUGGCGUCGGAUUCGGCUCCCGGGAUGGGACUGACUCGAUGGACAUUAAUGGCUACGGCUUCGAUAGUGAGGACGACCACCUGUGCGGUGCCUGUAGGAGGCAUGUGUGCUCCGGCUGCUCCGUCACGAACCUCGGCGAGCAGCGUCGGUGUCUGACUUGUGCCGGGAGGAGGGUCCGUGUUGGAGGUUUGGGAUGGACGACGACGAGGAUCCCGUUUUAAUCUUUCGCGGACAGUCUCAGCACUUCACUAUUUAUUCUUGAUGAUCAGC